AUGGCUACCAAGGUUCAGAACGGCCAGGCAAAUGCCAAAAACAUCGGCGCCCCAAACCAGACGCUCUACAUAAAGAAUCUCCCCGACAAGAUCAAGAAACCAGACCUGAGAAUGGCAUUAUACACAUUGUUUUCUACAUACGGACCCGUCUUGGAUGUAGUAGUUUUGAAAACGGCCAAGAUGCGAGGACAGGCACAUAUAGUUUACCGAGAUAUCCAAGCCAGCACUCAAGCUAUGCGUGCUCUUCAAGGAUUCGACUUCUUCGGAAAAGAGCUAAAUAUCGUGUAUGCCAAAGGGAGUUCUCAUGUCAUUGCGAAGCUUCGAGGCACCUACAUGGCAACCGCCGCUGCACCCACAGGCGUAUCGACCGACUUACAAAAGUCUAUCUUCGGUGCUCCCCCUUCAGCCGCGACUGCCGCGACAGUCGGUACCAAGCGUCAUCGUGAAGAAGAAAGUGACGAAGGCGAGGCACCUAUGGAUGAAGAUGAGAGUGAUGUCUCGAUGGAAGCAUCAUCGGACGAGGAUUAA